UUCGGCCUCACUCGGGCUUACGGGAAGGUUCGGCAGUGGCCGGUCGCCGCUCGGCGAGAGGACGAUGGAAGCGAAGGGAAUCGGCAUGGAGUCGCCUGAAGUGACGGCGGUUUCGGUGAUGGGGGAAGAACAGAUCGACAUUGCCGAGCAACUGCCGAGUACGGACGAGGGCGGCUUCGCAGAAGUGACAACGGUGACUGUGGGCAAUAUGACUGGACCUGCGGACAAUGUUUUUACAACGUCUGUUGCGAAUGCCUCCAUAUCAGAGCAUGUACUGUCGGGAAGAACUACACUUCAGAUUGGAGAAGGACUCCCUACCGACAAAGCAACCCUAAUAGUAGUUCACACGGAUGGAAGCAUUGUGGAAACUACUGGGCUGAAAACACCCAGUGCACCUAUCACUCCAGGUCCACAGAUAGCUUCAACUCCUCUGACAUCAGGCCCGGACAAAGAGGGAACAAAAUAUAAUUGGGACCCUUCUGUGUAUGAAAAUGAACUUCCAGUCAGAUGUCGAAACACCAGUGGAAUUUUGUUCAAAAACAAAUUAGGUUCGGGAGGACGGGGUCGUUGCAUUAAACAUGGAGAGAAUUGGUACACUCCCACGGAGUUUGAAGGAAUGGCUGGGCGAGCCAGUAGCAAAGAUUGGAAAAGAAGCAUACGGUAUGCUGGACGACCCCUCCAGUGUCUGAUACAAGAUGGCAUCCUAAAUCCUCAUGCAGCGUCAUGCACCUGUGCUGCUUGUUGUGAUGACAUGUCUUUGACUGGUCCAGUCAGACUGUUCGUCCCUUACAAAAGACGCAAAAAGGAAAGUGAACAAAGUACGACCCCAGUCAAAAAGGAAUCUCCCAAGAACAUUACUUUACUGCCAGCAACAACUGGAACAACCUUUACAGUGACACCCGCUGGGCAAAUCACUCCUUCCGGGACUCUGGCGUUUGAACGAACAUCUACAGCAGAUGCUACUGCCAUUAUUUCAGACAGUGCGGCACAGGGGGAUGUCUUCACAAAUACAACAGAGGAUGGCAUUCACCAGACACAGCCCUGCCGAGACUGGUGGUGGGAUACAGCAAAUAAAACCCCUUACCCCCUACAAGCGCAUGAGGCUCACCGCCAGGGAGGCCGUACAGGGCUGGGGGUUCCUGAAGUCUGUGGAGACAAUGGAGCUCAAGGGAGACCACAAACCCAGGUGGAAACCAAUACAACAGUACCCUCACGCUCAUCUCCACAGUCUGUAUCACCGACAUCACUGGGAGCAGCUGCCAGCCCAGACACGCACACAUCAAAGAGUAUUAGUGAAUUUGAGGAGGGAACACAAGUGUUAAGCUCACUCCCUGCCCUUGCAGUGCCAACUCCUUCCACCCCAACCAAAACCAUCUCAUCUACAGCCUUGAAUGGAUUAGAGGUAGCUGAGCAGCGCAGCUGGCUGUACCUAGAAGAGAUGGUCACCUCAUUGAUGGCCACAGCUCAGCAGCUAAAGACACUGAUAGAGCAAGCAAAGCAAGCCAGCAUCGCUUCAAAAGAUGGCGCGAUUGCACAAGCCAAACUGCAAGCAGAUCGUGAAAGGAAAGGGAACCUAAACCAGUACCAGAGCCAGGUGCCAUUUCAUUCAGCUGAGGAUGUGGAUGGUAAAACUGAGAUCAUCAUUAAGCAAACCUGUGUGAACUGUGGGCGGGAGGCAAUGAAUGAGUGUACUGGAUGUCACAAGAUUCAUUACUGUUCAACAUUUUGUCAACGAAAGGACUGGAAGGACCAUCAACACGUGUGUGGGCAACCAACAGCACUCACUGUACAGGCAGAGGAGGUGCAGGUGACAGAUGUCGAUGUGGAGAAAGUCAAAGUUUGAGGGUCCUGAAAAGAAUUCAGCAUAUUGACUCGAGUGACUAGGAUAGUGAAAACAUAGAUUCAAGCUUCAAGAACAUAAUGUUCUUAUUUUGGAGGCCUGACUUUUUAUUGUUUGAGUACAUUGCAUUACAAGAAAAUGUUGAUACCUGCUCAUGAGCUAUUGAUGAGUACCUUGAGAGGCAGGUUAAGGGUUACUUAAAUAUUACACAGACCCACUUUUCAUCAAACUGCAGAAAAAGCCCUGUGGAAAUAUUGCAAAAUGUGCCACAAUUAGGUCUUUGACUUGUUACUCAGCCAUCGUUGCCUGUCCUUGAUUUGUUUUCUCUGUUUAGCCUUACACGGAGUCUGAGGUACUGGUCUUUUUAUAUAUGUCUAUCAGACACACAGACAGAGGCACACAUCUUCAUUCACUUAUGCUCUCAGAAACCCUCCUACACACACUUAUUCCCUUGCACACCUUCUCAGGCAUCUUCAUGCCUUCUCAGUUCUUAAUACCCUCCCACACACUGUCAUCUGGUUGAAGCGAAGUAGCCAGGAGAAGGGGAGCAACCUUAUUCAGAUGAAGGCUGAUUUGGGGAUUGAGAGGAGGGGUAGGCCUCUAGUUCUGCAUUUUAAAAAAAAUUAAUUUCACUGCUGAGGAAAGUUGCUAUCAAGGAUAUACCUGAUGAACUCUAGUUCAUACUGUUGUCUCAACCAAUGAGGGCUGCAUCCUCCUGUUGUCACUUUCUGACCUCUAACCUAAAGAUUGACUAUAUGUAUCCCAAUCUAGUAGAUUACUUCUAGAAGGUUUCAUGGCAGGGAAAAGGCAUGCCCUUGAUGCAGUGAUUGAUGAAGAGCUUCUGGCUUUGAGCUAGCAGUGUCUCCUUGUACAUGAGGCAGUAUUCAGACAACUUAAAUGAAUGGAAAUCAUCAGUAUGUGUAACCAGGUGGACCAUGGUUUUGUAAUAGCCUAGUUGUUAAUAAGUUUACACCAUCACUGUGAUCUUGGAUUGGAGAGAUGACAGGUUGUAUGUCAAAAACAAAUAUAGCAACAUUUGAUGUUACUUUUGUGUUAAUAGAACAAUUUGAAUUUUGCAGUAAACUAUAUUAUUAAUCCAGUAAUGCUAAUGGCUGAGUAAAUCAAGUAAUAAAGAAAUAUUGUAAGUUAGUGACACACAAAUGUAUCAUAACGAGGCAGAAACUGAUCAGAUGGGGGUUCUGAGAAGGUUUAAUGAAAUCAGGAGCAGUUUUCUUGGAAGCUUAAUCAUUGUUGAUUAAAUGAUUGCUGUAUCUACAAUGUUGCACUUGGAACACUUACAAAAAUGCUUGUAUGCAUGUGUGGAUUAUUCUUGGUAGUCCAGGCAUUAACUGCAUCAUCGUUUUUCUUAAACUUGGAAACUGUGUUUCUGGAUUGCUUCUUGUGAGGAGCGGCAAAAUUUGUAAUGAAUGGAAUGUCUCCAAGAGAUUAAAGCAGAAUUUCUCCUUUCUGGGAAAGUGAACCUUUUUUGCCAUUGGAAAUGAAUACUUGUAAAUAAAGGUGUAAAUUGCUGUGAGGGGUUUGUACAUCUGGAGAAAAAUGGGGGUGACUGUAAUGAUGCCCUUCCCACCAAGUGUUAAUUUUGAUAAAAGGGGCAUAUUUGAUGUACUUUAUGCAAUUUCCAUUGCCAUUAUCAAGUUAUUCUUGUAUUUUGUAAGUUUUGUGUAUUUUUAAUUUUGACAAAGCAUGCUUGUAUACAUGUUCAAUAAACAAUGAUAGUAUUUUAUAGAAA